CUGCACGUCCGUUGAACGUCAAAGUAGCGCCCUGCAGUGCAAAAGCCAAGAAACAAGUAGCGCAGAGACUAUGGCUGGCAUGGGCGAGCGCCUCGUGAUCGGCGCCCUGCUGGCCGCCGCCUUCCUGGCGGCACCGGCGGCGGGCACCACGCUGACCCUGCACAACCUGUGCCCGUACCCCGUGUGGCCGCUGGUGACCCCGAACACGGGCUUCCCCUCCAUCUGCGGCAACGACAUCCGCCUCGAGGGCAACGGCCACGGGCUCGUCUCCUUCCCCUCCCCGGCGACCUUCUGGUCCGGGCAGUUGGUGGCGCGCACCGGCUGCGCGCCCCCGCCGCGGUGCGAGACGGGGAGCAAGCGGCCCGCGGGCGUGGUGCAGCUGACCGUGCACUCGGCCGAGGGCGCGCCGCGGCCGGACCUGGCGGUGUACAGCGUGAGCCUGGUGGGCGGGUUCAACGUCCCGGUGGUGGUGAGCCCGCAGGUCAUCGGCGGCGACGGGCCGUGCCCGGCCCUGGGGUGCGCGGCGGACCUCAACGCCGGGUGCCCGCCGGCGCAGCGCGUGGUGGGCGCGGGCGGCCGCGUCGUCGCGUGCAAUGGGCCGCCCGGGUACUUCAAGCAGCGGUGCCCGCUGACGCGAACGACGCCGGUCGACAGGGAGCCCGUGGAGCAGCACUGCUACGCGCCCGGCGAGCUCAAGGUCGUCUUCUGCCAGCCAGCAAUGGUCGACGUCGACGCCGACGCGGCCGCACAUCCGGAUGUUGUCGUCGCCGAGAACUAGGUAGCCGGCCAUUAACGAGUGAUGUUGAGACACGUAUAAGGUGUAGUGAAAAUAAGGAUGGCACGUAUCAUGUGUGCCGCCCGGACGUGUGCCCCUGAGAUGCAUAUGAUAUCGUCGUAAUGGAAUCGUCAAUGAUCCGUUAUUAUCGUACA